AUGGAACAGCAUGAAGGAACAUCGAAGGAGGUGCCCGCUUCAGAAAGACUGAGCGUCCCCCUCAAAAACCUGAAGAUGAUAUUUGAAAAGCGGGAAUCGGACCAGAGUUUCUGCCUGCCCAUGCGGGAGCCAUGCGUGUCCUGCCAGAAAACGGUUUAUCCACUAGAGAGGCUGGUGGCCAAUCAGCAAGUUUUCCACAGCGCUUGCUUCCGCUGCUGCCACUGCAACACCAAACUCAGUUUGGCCAACUACGCCUCCCUGCACAACAACGUGUACUGCAAGCCGCAUUUCUGCCAGCUCUUUAAGGCCAAGGGCAACUACGACGAGGGCUUCGGCCACCGGCCCCACAAGGAGCUAUGGGAGAGCAAAGGAGAGUCUAUCGAGACGGUGGAGAUGUCGUCACAGUCGAUGGCUUCUCAGGCAGGUUCUCACUACUCCAACCUGUCCAGUCCCAGCGUGGAGGAUUCCCCCAUCGCCAAAGUCAACGUCCUGACCGCAACCAUGGAGGCUCUGGGUCAAGGAUCCCCAGAGAAGAGUGACAAGCCGCUAGAAGCGCGGCGGCUCAAAAUCUCCUGGCCGCCGCAACCGGAAAACGACGACGUCCACGUUGGCUACGCCGCGUCCGCCGACGGGGCCAGCAUGCCCAUCCGAGCCAAGUGGCCUCCGGAGGACUCCUCUCCGCCGCGCGAGCAAGCCAGAGGAGCUUCCUCCCUGGAGCGGAGCUUCUCCUUGAAGGAACUCUGCAUAUCCUUCACGUCGCCUGAGCGAUCUUCAGCCGUCGACCCCGAGACGGAGUCCCAGCUGGCGUGGUCGAGAGGAAACAACGUCUUCGGAAAGAAAGGCGAAGACGGGUCGGAGAACGAAGACGAAGACGCGCCGGAGAACGACGGCGAAGACGUGAAGUUAGAAGACAGGCAACAGCAUCAAGUGAAUCCCACUCAGCAGAAGGAUCAGACAGACGGAAAAGAAGAAGAAGAGUCAAAACCCGAGAAGACGGAGGCUAGCCGCUCGCCCCAGGAUGUGGGCUUCUGGGACGGGGAGGACGCCGACGACAAGGCAGAGCUGGAGAUCAGCGUCGAAGAAAUGAUCAAACAAAAUCGCUACUUUGACGUAGAGGAUGACGACGACGAUGACGACGACGACGAGUGCGAUUUUUAA